UAUUGUUUGGUUGAGUACAUCCCUAACCCCAACAGAUCCAAUGAUCGCGUUCCCGUUAGCCCUCGCAAUCCUGAUCUGACAAUUCAAUCCCACACCACGGGAAACUGUGAUGCCGGAUUACUUAAUCAGAGAGAUACGAUGAAUGAAAAGAACAGAGAGCUCUGGGAGGUCUGGUGAAGGAAUCCGGCUUUCAAAUCCCGAUUCUGAAAAAUUGGGCAUUGUUCGUUGAAGAAGUUUUAAUGGUGUGAUUUCCAGGAAAACCAUGAAUGUUAAGGAGGAGCUUCUUGUUGCACUAACAGUAACGAGUUUCUUCCCCGGUGGACAUAAAGAGCACAAAAAACAAGAUGCACUUCCUUGCUAAGAUGAACGGAACUUGCAGAAACGAACUGUCUAAGCUCGGAGUAGAAGAGGAACGGGGAUGAAUCCUCUUAGCUCGGAUCAGUAUGCUUCCACCCAUUUCAGUUUUACUCGGGGCAGUUGAUUUUGACAAGUAUGACCUCUUCGGUUCAACUUGUCUAACCCAUAUGGUACGACCGGAUCUCGGUUGUUAGCUACACAAAACCGCACAAUUUGCAACUGCAGACGAUUCCUGGUCCAGCCAUGUUCCUGGCUUGGUAACUAAUUCCGUGACGUAGAAAUUGUCUGAGCGGAAAUGGGCAAACAAAGAUGCAGAUUACAGACAUGAAAAUGGGCUCCUGGACAAACGGAAGGGAGCCACGUGGCAGCAGCCCAAUGUGUUGGGACAUCAUCAGCACAACUCGCGCGGUGUUGUACAUUCAAUCACAAGGACAGAGAGAGAACCGGAUGCUGUAGCCAUCUCCAGCCUUGUCAUUAGAUGUCCCCCAUCCCCCUUCCUUCCCAACCCAAAAAUAAUAAUAAUAAUAAAAUAACUGGAAAAAAAAAAAUUAGAAGAGCCAAAGUAACUAACUUUUUUUAGCCAUUUUCAACAAACUCUCCCUUCCUCCCUCCAAUUACUGUUUUUGUCUCCUUUUCUUGAAAAUUGCGUUUCAAAUCUCAGGGUCUGUGUAUGAUCCUCUGAUUGAAGCCGGGGCUGGAAAAGUCCUUGAUAUCUUCCUCCGGGGAAAAGGACGCCGAUUCAUCGAUCGGCGUCGAAUUUCCAGGUUUGGGAUUCGGCCAUGGACAACGUAAGACGUCCAUUCAGAGGGAUUAUACAGGACUAUAGAGGUAGGAAAGCAUGCUACAAGCAGGAUUGGUGCGGUGCUCUUUGUUCUGGAGCCAGGAUCUUGGCUCCGACUACCUACAUAUUCUUUGCAUCGGCGCUCCCAGUGAUUGCAUUCGGAGAGCAGCUCAGUAAAGAAACAAAUGGAAGUUUGAGCACCGUGGAGACUCUUGCUUCGACUGCUAUAUGUGGGAUUAUACAUUCAAUAUUCGGGGGGCAGCCGCUGUUGAUCCUUGGGGUGGCAGAGCCCACAGUGAUAAUGUAUGCUUACUUAUACAAUUUCGCCAAGAAACAGCCUGAUCUCGGGCAAGAGCUCUACUUGGCAUGGGCCGGGUGGGUCUGUGUAUGGACGGCUCUUCUACUCAUCUUUCUUGCAAUAUUCAAUGCCUGCACGAUCAUCAACAAAUUCACGAGGGUAGCGGGGGAACUGUUCGGCAUGUUAAUUGCUGUUCUGUUCUUUCAAGAGUUUAUUAAGGGUGUCGUCGGCGAAUUCAAAGUCCCUGCUGCUGAAAACCCGCAUGAAGACAAAUUUCAGUUUCAGUGGCUUUAUGUGAAUGGACUCCUUGGUGUUAUAUUCUCAUUUGGCCUCCUCUACACUGCCAGGAAAAGCAGAGAUGCCAGGUCAUGGCGAUACGGUUCAGGGUGGCUCCGAAGCUUUAUAGCUGAUUACGGCGUCACUCUGCUAGUGUUGCUGUGGUCUGCUAUGGCUUUCUCCGUACCAAGCAGUGUUCCUUCAGAGAUUCCGAGGAGACUCUUCAGCCCUCUCCCUUGGGAUUCUUCUUCUCUGCAGCACUGGUCUGUGAUGAAGGACAUGGGAAAGGUGUCAGCGAAGUACAUAUUUGCAGCCAUCAUUCCUGCAAUAAUGAUCGCAGGUCUUUACUUCUUUGACCACAGUGUGGCCUCCCAAAUGGCACAGCAGAAGGAAUUCAACCUCAAGAACCCAUCGGCUUACCAUUAUGACAUCCUACUUCUCGGAAUUAUGACUCUCGUGUGUGGAUUGAUCGGGCUUCCUCCAUCAAACGGUGUACUUCCACAGUCUCCGAUGCAUACCAAGAGUCUAGCAACCCUCAAGAAACAGUUGAUUAGAAAGAAGAUGGUUGAGAGUGCGAAGGAGUGCAUCAAGCAACAAGCUACCAAGCACGAGAUCUACGGAAGGAUGCAGGAGGUUUUCAUCGAAAUGGAUGAAGCCCCAGCUCAUGCUGCCACUAAGGAUCUUGAGCAGUUGAAGGAUGCGGUGCUCAAAAGCGAUGACGAGAGCUGGAAAGAAGGCAGCUUCGACCCGAAGCACAUAGACGCUCACUUGCCUGUCAGAGUCAAUGAGCAGAGAGUGAGCAACUUACUACAAUCCCUUCUAGUGGGAGCUUCACUGCUCGCUAUGCCUCUGAUCAGGAAGAUACCGACAUCGGUCCUCUGGGGGUACUUCGCUUACAUGGCCAUCGACAGUCUUCCUGGAAACCAAUUCUGGGAGAGGAUUCUACUCCUUUUCGUUCCUCCAGGACGCCGAUUCAAGGUCCUCCAAGGGGCCCACGCAUCAUUCGUCGAGUCGGUGCCAUACAAGUCGAUGGCGGCAUUCACGACUUUCCAGUUCAUAUAUCUGGUCUUAUGUUUCGGAAUCACGUGGAUACCUAUUGCCGGGAUUUUGUUCCCACUGCCUUUCUUUUUGCUGAUAAGCAUAAGGGAACACGUGCUUCCCAAGUUCUUCCACCCACUUUACCUCCACGAGCUGGAUGCAGCAGAGUACGAAGAAAUUCCAGCUGGUUACGCGGGAGUUGAAGGGGCCUCGGAUGAAGACUCCCGUAUGGAGGUGGAUGACUCGGAAAUAUUAGAUGAGAUGACAACCCACAGAGGAGAACUGAAGCAUAGAUCCUUAAGCAUUAGCAGUGACAAGCUCGCUCACAUCUUCCCGGAGCAUGAACGCUCGGGUUCACAGUGACAAACCUGAUUCGAAAGGGGGGCUCAUUAGGCUGUGAUACUCAUAUAGAAACUUUUCACUUCUCCUGAUGUCCAAUUAGGAUGGGAAAGGAUAACAAAAGGAAGGAGAAGCCGAUACCGAAAUCGGCGAACAGGGGAAGGAAACUUCUUCGAACUAAUUUUCUCUCUUCGAAAGCUUACAGAAGAGUUGGCAAUAUAAGCUAAUGACGUGUAUGUGCUAUUGUAGGUUGAACACGAAAUUCAUCUGUAAUACAACUUAAAUAAGUUGAUCAUCAUAAACCCCCCACAAUUCUUUAAUCCCUUUACAUAAUGUAACCUCUCUCUCAACCCACAAUAUAUAUUUUUAUUUUCUUUUUUUUUCUAUAGUUAUUUUAGUAUUUUUAGGAUA